CAUAACAGGCUGAAGAGGGCAGCAAAACGGCGCCACGAUAUGCCGAAAAGGACUGCGACACCAGAAACUGAAUUACUACAGUUGCUGAGAGAGUGACAGUAAAUUUGGUCUUAAUCCACCGCUCUCUAUUUAUGUUGUUUCUGGAAAGUCAUUCAAACGUAAUAGUGGAUUUUUUCUUUUGUUCUUGUAGCAAAUGGGUAAGUGAAAAUAAGCACGGCUUUAGUGAGCACGCGCUUGUCUCGGAGUGGCGCAGCGCGUUCACGCCAGCAUCUGAUUCCUCUCGCGCUUCUCGCCAGCAGCAGCUCACGGGCAGUCAUGCUCUCUAAAGUAGCCACCAUGGCUGGGGUUACAGCUCACAAGAUCAGCAAACACAUCACCUUCUUCAUAAAUGACAUUGCAGGGACUCCUACCUUUCUACCUGCUCAGCCUAAACCCCUGUUACUGUUGAUGCCGUGGCUUGGCUCCAGACCGCAGGCCAUUGCAAAGUACUGUGAGAUUUACUUUCGCACUGGCUUUGAUGUGCUCGUCGUGGAAAGUGAGGUGAGCCAGUUCCUGUGGCCUCGCUGGGGGCUGGAGUCCGGUGGCCAUGUUCUGGAGUUAUUAGAGAGUGAGCGCUUCUCUCAGCGCCCCCUUCUGGUCCAUGCCUUUUCCAUAGGGGGAUAUACAUUCUGUCAGGUGCUCGUUCAUGUGGCCAAAGACACCCAGCGUUAUCAAGGCCUGACAAACAGGAUCAGAGGUCAAAUCUACGACAGCCUUGUCAUGGGUUCACUGGAGCAUAUGGCUGUUGGAUUGGGUAAGACAAUGUUCCCUCGGCUGGAAGGUCUCGUGAAGAGGGCCAGCCUACUGUACUUCCGUGCCUUUAAACACCAGACAGUCGACUAUUUCAACACAGGAAUCAAUGUGUUCUGGAACACUCCUUUGACAGCGCCUGCUCUUUUUUUCUUCUCCGAAAACGAUGCACUGUGCGACUACCAUAGCUUGGAGAAAAUGGUGGAUUUUUGGAGGAAUCGAGGCAUAACUGUGGAGAGCAAGAAAUGGAAGAAGUCUGUUCAUGCAGGUCAUCUGCGUACCCACCCUCAUGAAUACCUGUCCACCCUGGAGAAUUUUGUGCAGUCCCUCAACAUGGUGCCUCUGAAGGCCAAAAUGUGAAUUCAGGAUUCUGACUUUCACUCAAAUCAUUUAAGGAAUAGAUCACCCCAAAAUGAUUUACACGCCCUGUAGUGUUGCACCAAAACUUAAUGACAUUCUGUCAAAUCUUCAGAUGUCUUUGCCCUAUAAGGAAGGUGAAUAGUGACUCCGAGCUAUCCAUCUCCAAAAAGGAAAAGCAAAACACCAUAAAACCUCAGUAAAAGUAGGACUUGUGCACUAUAUUCCGAGUCUUCUGAAGCCAUACAGUCAGAACUGAAUUCUCAUUUUUGGGUGAACUAUCCCUUUAAACAUCAAGUUAGCCCAAAGUGCCUGGUUUUACCACUAAAUAAAUGUUAGUAUUUUAUGUUCUUGGUUCAGAUGGUACUAGAUCAGAUUGCCUCAGUCUUGCAAUAUUGGAGUGUUUGUCAACCCACUCCAGUCUUUCCAAAUGUAUGCAAUAACUAUAUGCUAUCAUUUCCGUCCAAAUAUACAUAUAUCUACAAGAGGAAUCUGAAUUAAUGAAGACCAUAGCACUGUUAAAUGAAUAAUGAAGAAGUGUACUAAAUACAGUGUGUGGAUACUUUAAUACUUUUGGUUUAUUGCACUAUGCAAUGAAGCUGCUGUUUAAGAAGUGUAUAAAGGUCAGAGCUUCUUUUGUAAUACAUGAGUUUAUACAAUCAUUUUGUAUUAGAUGUUUGUUGUAAACACUUCAUAGAAAAACAACUUUAACAGAAGGUGUUUCAAAGAGCCGUUCGUAAUAAAUCAUCAAUUAUAUGAUAUGACUUUUAGCACCUAUUAGCUGGAAUACACUUGGGUAAUUUAUAUUUAUCUCAAAAAAGAACUUUGGCAGUACCCCUGACCACCCUUUCCAUAGUAAAGAUUACUUCACUUGACAUUAUUUCCAAAUGUAGAAACAAGUAUACAGUAUAUACAAAUCAGUAACAAAACCUAAUUAAAGCUGCAAGCAGCAAUGCGGAUUCCUCCUCAAAACUGCAAAUUAUGUAAAAAUUGACAUGGUAGAGACAUGUACUUCACACAUGUACACAACAUUUCAUUAAUUUCUUGCAAGAGUUUUCAUAUGAACUGGUGAUUGAAUCAAAGUAUCGGUUUUAUGACUAGUGGAUUUGUAAAGCAUUAUUUUAGCAUUAGUGAUAAAUAAUAGUAAACUGUAAUUCUGUCAUCUUUUGACAUAUCAAGGUGAAACUUUGCACAGUACUUAAGAGUGAAGUCAUCUUGAAGCCUGUUAGGUUGGAAAAAAAAACAGUCAAACUGGCAUUAGAUUGUUUGGACAUAUGGAUAUUGAGACAAUGUGGACAUUUACAUAAAUGCACACCUUUCAGCCAU